AAAAGUUUGUGCUCCCUCCAGAGAGCCAUGAUUGGGUGCUAAAGUCCCUCAACCGCAAAUGGAAAGAAUAUAAGUCGAAGUUGAAGGCCGACUGGAAGCGCGAGGGUAUGACAGAGGAGGAGGUUGCUCGUGUUUGUCCUCCUGAUGUAUACCAUCAUCAGUGGAGGGAGCUUGUUCACUAUUGGUUUUCCGAGAGAGGACAGACAUAUUCUGACAUUGGUCGAGCCGCACGAGCAUCUCAGACAAUUCCUCACACUUCAGGCUCGAAGAGUUAUGCGAGGCUCAGAGCUGAAUUCAUGGAAGACCAUGGGAGGAAACCUGGUGAGGUGGAGUUCUAUAAGAUGACUCACACCCACCGAGAUGGCAGCUUUGUCCGAGAGGAGUCGAGAGAUAUAGUUGACAGAGCUACAUCCCUUAUUUCAGAGCGUAUCGGAGAGUCAUCUUCAAUCGGCAACACCAGAGGUGUCGAAGCUUAGGUGUUUACCGAGUUGAUGGGCUCGGAGCGUUAUGGUCGAGUGAG